AUGGCCCUCAUCCCGCGCUGCCUCCCGUUCGCCAGCUCGACUACGCCACUUCAAGCUGUGACGUACCUCCUCGGCAUAUCUCUCUUCUCCAUCUCUUUCCUGGUGUUCCUCAACAGCAGCGUCUCCUUCGUGAUCACAGACCUCAUAGGCGUCAAAGAUGGCGUCGGUGAUAUUGUCGGCACACUUGGUUUCGUCGACGAGAUUGUCGCCCUCGUCGCCUGCCCAGUUUGGGGUCUCGUUUCCGACCGCCUCGGUGUGAGAUGGGUCGCUGUCAUCGGCUACACGGUCAUCGGCCUCUCGCUUUUCCUGUUUGUGCAGGCGGGCAAUGUCUAUCCUCAGCUUCUGCUGGCGCGCAUCUUCUUUGCUGUCGGUGCCACUGCUGCGGCGACCAUGGUUACGGCCAUCCUACCUUCUCUGACAGGCGAGAGCGGUGCCGCAUAUGAUGAAUCGACGACAUCACCUUUCAAGCCGACGCAGAACGCUAGGCACAGCAUAGCCAUGUCACUCGAGUCGGACAUUACCAUUACACCUGAGCGGUACAGGGGGAUCGAGCCAACCGAGGAGGAAACCGCCCUCAGCCAGGAGAGGAACAGCAUCUCCACACUUGAGAAGCCCUCUGCUCUGGCCGGGUUCGUUGGAUUAUUCACAGGAUGCGGGGCGCUGGUUGCCCUGUCCGUGUUCCUUCCUCUGCCCGCUCGCUUUGGCGAUAUCGAAGGUGUGACGCCUGCUGAGGCCAUCACAGACAGUUUCUACGUAGUGGGCAUUGUCGCCUUUCUCGUCGCCAUAUUCGUGUUUGUCGGCCUCCGCGAUCUUCAAGGCGAAGACGGCAAGGGUUGGAGAGUGUUGCUUGGGCUUCGAAACAGGGACGGAGAGCCGACCGAACAAGAAAGCCACGAGAAGCAGAAGGUCUUGCCUUAUCUCCGCCUCCUGCGAGAUUCCGUUUCACUCGGCUUCAGCGACUCCCAGAUCGCCCUAGGCUACCUAGGCGGCUUUGUAGCCAGAGCCUCGACUGUAGCCAUCUCUCUCUUCAUCCCCCUCUUCGUGAACACCUUCUUCAUCAGCAACGGUUUCUGCCAAGGGUCGCCGCAUGACCCUUCGCCGGAAUUGAAGAAGGAAUGCCGAUCCGCAUACAUCUUGGCAUCUAUCCUUACGGGUGUCGCUCAGCUUUGCGGCCUUAUCUGCGCACCUAUAUUCGGAUACCUCUCCAGGCGGCCGGGAGCCGUUAAUUGGCCUAUCAUCGUAGCCACUGUCUUUGGCAUCGUGGGCUACAUCGCCCUCCCCCAGCUCUCGAGCCCUGAAUUCAAAAAUGUCGAUGGCCGCGGUGGCAGCCCUGCCAUUUUCUUCAUCGCGGCUCUCCUGGGCAUCAGCCAAAUUGGUGCCAUCGUCUGCAGUCUCGGCUCCCUCGGCCGCGGCGUGUUGACUGCUGACCUGCCGAAGACGCAGGUUGUUGCCACAGUGGAGGAGUCGACAGAGGCCCUUGAAGCCGAGGACGAGCAUGCGCCGCUGCUAGCACACGAUGCAAGCGUCGAUGCCGUUUCUCGCGUGCGGCUCAAGGGGUCCAUUGCCGGCGUGUACUCUUGGUGCGGCGGCAUUGCGAUCCUUCUCCUGACAAAAUUGGGUGGGUACUUAUUUGAUUCGACGUCUGUCGGGGCGCCGUUCUACAUGAUGGCGGUAUUCAAUGGAUUGCUCCUCGCUGCCAGCCUAGGUAUAGACAUGGCGCGCGUGUUCAGCACGAACCCGAAAUAA